AUGGAGAGCUGGUCGGAUGACAGCUGGAACUGUUGUCAUAACCGGAGGAAUUCUCGCCACGGUGAUUCUCUUGGUUAUCAUAGCAGUGCUCUGUUACUGUAGACUCCAGUAUUACUGCUGUAAGAAGAAUGGGUCCGAAGGGGACACCGGCUCCAUCACGCAGCCCCAUUUUGCCUGCAAUGCGUGCAGUGCACCCGGGGUGGAUGGGGCGGCCGUCACCCCCCUCUUCCCGGAGCCCACUGCCCCCCACGCCUCAGGGCCUCCCCGCAACUACUGCCCCACCUGCUCGCCCUACGAAUCACCCUUCUACAUCCGCACCACCGAUGGGAUGCGCAACGGUGGCGAGCGCAUCACCUACAUGCCCACUCACUAUGAGAACCCAGCGCUGGGUCUCGACCUGCCCUCCCUGCACGGCUCCCUGCUGAGCACCGGCCAGCAUCGCAGCAACCCAGCACCGGACUUCUAUACCAACACUCGCGCUAUAAGUACAGAGGUGUGACCCACUUCGUAUGGGUUCCUGGUGGCUCAGUUGGUUGGAGCGCGCUGCUUCCAACUCUGGUGUUGUGGAUUUGAUUCUGU